GGGCGGGGUGAGCUUUGGAUCUCUAUUGCCACAGUGACUUAAGCUUUCAUUCAUUGCGGCCGGUUCCAGCCCAGACUUCUUGUUCCCUCCCCAUUUUCCACUCAUUCUCCCUCCUCCCAGUGACGCAUCGGAGUGAGAUCGGUUCAGUUCCCAUGAGGAGAGGAAGCAACGAGCAGCGCAGACAGACAGACAGACAGACAACAACGUCGCCACUAACAUUGCUAUCUGGGACUUAGCAUCUCUGUGCAGCCGGAUCCUAGAAGGAAUGGAGGAACUCCAAGAUGUUCAACUGACUGAGAUCAAGCCACUCCUAACAGAUGGGAAUUCUGCAAGGAACUUCCAGGAUUUCGAUUGUCAGGAACAUGACGUUGAAACUCCGCAUGGUGUACUGCAUGUGACCAUGCGAGGCACUCCAAAGGGGAACAGACCUGUCAUCUUGACUUAUCACGACAUAGGCCUCAACCACAAAUCUUGCUUCAAUACAUUGUUUAACUAUGAAGACAUGCAGGAAAUCACGCAGCACUUCGCUGUGUGCCAUGUGGAUGCCCCUGGACACCAAGAAGGAGCUCCACCAUUUCCAGCAGGGUACCAGUACCCAACCAUGGAUGAGUUGGCUGAGAUGCUGCCCACAGUUUUAACCCAUUUAAAUAUACAGAAUGUGAUUGGAAUUGGAGUUGGGGCUGGUGCUUACAUCCUAACCAAAUUCGCAGUGAGUGUGGAGUGCAAUUCUAGGCUAAACCCAACCAACACAACACUGCUCAAGAUGGCUGAUUGUGGAGGACUCCCACAGGUUGUUCAACCUGGCAAGCUGACCGAAGCCUUCAAGUACUUUGUGCAGGGAAUGGGUUACAUCCCUUCCGUCCAGCUCAGCCACCUGCACAGUGAAACAGUGCCAGCAGUCAGCAUGACCAGGCUAUCCCGGGCUCGCACCACCUCUACCUCCAGCGUGGGAUCCGGAGAGACCGCCCGCAUCCAGCCGCCUCCCAACAACCAGGCCGAUUCCGUGGGGAACAGUGACCCAGUCCAAGGCAGGUCCCCGACCAUGGAGGUUUCCUGUUGAAACAGCAACUUGAGCCGUUAAUUUAUUACGUCGUUUCUUUUCUUUCCCCUCCGAUUCAAGAGGUCGUCAAUUUGGCUGAGUCGCAGCCUUAAAAAGAAGCCCAGCCACAGAGAUCCAGUUUCCUUGUACAAUUGUGUCUUUAUAGUGCAUGCCUGACUCAGUGUUUGACGCUCUCACACUGCAGUUGAUUUCAUUUCUUUGGGAAUAUUCAUGUUUUAACCAGUGGUACCGUGUUACAUCCCCGAAUUCCCUGUGUGGUUAACCGAAAAGCCGUUCACACGUCUUCCCUGGAUUUAAAGGGGCAGUGCUAGAGGUUUCCUCCAUUUCCCACAUCACCCCGCACUUCCCAACUGACCCACGCCCAUUCCUGGUUAGGGACAACGGAUAGAAAACAAAUUACGGCAGAUGCGCAGGAGCUGGACAUCUGAAAAUAAAAACAAAACGCGAUGGGAACAGGUCAGAUAGCAUCUGCAGCGAGAGAAACGAGUUAACAUUUAAAAACAAUGACCCUGUGUCCAAACAGUUUGUGGACCUUGAAAUAUUUGUUCUUUCUCUCUCCACAGCUGCCAGACCUGCUGAGUAUCUCCAGCAUUUCUGUUUUUUUAAAGUUCAACAAAAAGUCUGUUUUUAAUUCUGCCAUUAGGCAUUAUUAUUUGGUUGAGGUUAUUUUUCUAGCUUUUCUGCAUGUUCUUCUCCUGGAUUCCAGUUAGUUCUCUUGAAUGGAUGGCUGGUUCGCAAUACACUGGCUGAGAACUCUCCUCAAUAUCUCCCCUCGACAGAAAUUGGUAUCCCUCAGGUUAAAUCACCACCAAUUGUCUCUGUCUAAUGAGAGAGCAGCCCUAUGGUACGGCAAGACUGUGACAGCUUUACCCAACUAUUCUAGCCUGGGAGCUUAUGAAUUUGGAUUCUGAGCCACGUUUGACCUUGUAACCUAAAAUGACAAUGCAAUGCAGAAUCCCAAGCAACUUCAACAGUGUGAAGAGGCGUGGGUCCUGUGGAGGUUAUUAAAGGCCCCAUUGGCAAUACUCAGUAGUUCUGAUGUUCCUGACCCCAACCCCUCCUGCUUCAGGCAGCACCAAUAGAAAUGGCAAAUUAAUUUGGCUGCCCAUCUCAUUCUGUUCAUGGAGAUCUCUUUGCUGCAAAGUGGUAACUGGAAAUCCCACUAAUGCACUUCGGCAUCCAAGUUAUUAUCAGUCGUUGCAGGUACAAAUUUAGAAGCUCCAGCAAGUAACACCCUAUAGUUUACUCAGCAUUAGGAGGUCAGGCAGCUAAUAGGAGUGUAGCAGAUUGUAAACCCAUCUCCACAUUUAGAGCUAUAUAUAUAAAACUGAAUGAGCUCUAUCAGAGAACCUUGCUUAUUUCUGUUCGUUUGUUUGGUGCAGCUCCGUGUGUGUUAGCUCAGCAAAGGUUGCGAUUACAGCCUGGUCUCCAUUUGGUGUCAUGGUGGGAUACUGCCAACAGGAAUGAUUUUAGACUAUUCUUGGGUUUUUCCCCCUCAGCCCUUUGUAUUCCCUUUAAAUAGUAACUUGUUGUUUAUUUCCCUUCCGCUUCCCCCUGCACCCUCCCUGGCUUUCUAUGUUAAAGAUAAUGAGGUUGGUUUUGUUUGUUGUCGUUGUCUUGUUCAUUGUACAAUCAGACAACUGCACCGGCUGCAAGUCAAGCCCACACCCCAUGUGAUUAGUGUCUGUAUUCAUCUCCUGUGUGGCUUUUCUUUUGUUUGUUUUUCAUACGGCUAAAGCACUAGCUUGAAAAGUACUUUUCAAAAAAGUUUAAAAGCUUCAGGCACCAAAGCUAGUUGUGUAAGCUUGUAGUGUCUGUGUGCAGGUUUGUUGUAAUAAAUUGCAGGCAUUUGACACAAUAACUGUCCUUAAGUUCUAGAGGUGAACAAAAUGGUGACUUUGAAAUAAAGACAGAGUUCUGGCUAGAAUUGA